CCCACGAGCUCCCUCUCGCGCUCCCCACUCUCUCUCUCUCACUGACUUUCUCUCUCUAACUUUCUAUCUGCGACUCCACUUCGAUUUUUCAGGUUGAUGAUGGGAAACUGAUUUAGUGCGCAAAUAUAGAGAGGAGAGAGAGAAGAACACACAUAAGUUCUGGGUUUUAUUCAUCUGUCAUUUGAUUUUCUAAUCCCGGAUUGCUUCUCGUUUGCUUCCAAAUCCUGAAUCAUUUCUUCUGAUGCAAAAACCAAUUAUGCUGAGGCCAAACAUACCAACAAAAAAAAUAUAAAAAGUAAUAAAAAGCUGAGCAGCACCAAUAAAAGAAGGAACAAAAAUACAAACUUUCUUUGUUUUCUGAUGCGGUGAUGCAUGCACGUCCUGUCCCUUGAUCAUGACUCUUGAGGUUCCGUUUGCAUGUCGGUUCUGAGCUUUACGGGAUUCCUUCUUUUUCCUUUCUUCUUUCUCUUCCGAUUCACAGCGUGAAAAUUUUGAGCGAAUAAACGCAGGAAACUCGCUCAGGAAGUGAGCUUUUUUUGCUCUGUUUUCAGAGAUAUGGAGGUCACAGAGUUGUAGCAGCAGAGAGAUAACAGUUUCAUGAAAUCUUUUCUGCAAUUGCUGGGUUCUGGAUUUUUCCAUCCAUUCUUGAAUACCACAGAGCUUAAAAGUCAGCAACUUUCUGCCAUUUUCUAGAGCUUCAAAUCUUAGGGAUUUUUACAGGAAUUUUGAAGAACCAGAGCAAGCAACCGAGCUCCAAUGGCUGAAACCAGCUCUCUUCUCUCUCCCAGAGAAAAACAUACGAAACCCACUUCCUCUCUCUUCGCGAAUCCGAGAUUGUUCACCAGCUUCACCUCGAAAUCGGUCUCUGAAACUGAAGCCGUGAUGAGCCCAACCUCCAUCCUCGAAACGAAGCCAUUUUUGGGCCUCCGAAACCCCUUCUGGUCCGAAUCGAACACCCCCAGAACCCCGGAGCCCGAAUCCAGACGCAUCCACUGGGACAAAUUGGACUCCAAAGGCAUCGGCCUCGCCAUCGUCGACGCUCUCAACGACUCCGACUCGAAACCGUCAAAGCCCCAAACCCGAAUGGUGAUUUUCGGGUCGCAGCUCAAGAUCCAAAUCCCUCCUCUGCAACCCUACCCUUCCGAAUCACCGAAGUAUCCGGCCGAUUUUGGCAACAAGACGGAGAAUUCCCAUCUGGGUUCUUCCUCCUCCGUCCCGUCUCGGUCGCCGGAGAAGACAUCGCCGUUCGAAUCAGCGAGUUCCGGGCUCGAGAUGAUGAAUUCGACCCGGGUUUUCACUAGCUGUCUCUCUGUCAGUGAAAUGGAGCUUUCAGAGGAUUACACGUGUGUGAUUUCCCACGGUCCGAACCCGAAAACCACGCACAUCUUUGACAAUUGCAUUGUGGAGAGCUCCGAUGGCGUCCCGGAGUUUUCUCCCGGCAGGAAGUCAAACGGUUCAAGCUAUCUGUCUGAGAGUUUUCUCAGCUUCUGUGACAAUUGCAAGAAAAAUCUUGGCCACGGCAAAGAUAUUUUCAUGUACAGGGGUGAGAAGGCGUUCUGCAGCCGUGAGUGCCGUUACCAGGGGAUGUUGUUGGAUGAGGGAGCGGAUAAACUGGAAGCUUGAGCCUUUGAGUAGCUGAUUGUGAUGUCCAUGGGAAUUGUUCCUGACACUUCGCUGAAAAAGCUUCAGCAGAGAGAGGGUCCCUUUUAUUUUCUAUUUUUAUUAUUUUCUAUUUUUGUUUUGGAGAUAAAUAAUAGGGAGGGAAAGAUAGUCUUUUGAGUCAUCAAAUAUGGUCCAUGAAUUGAAGAUACAUGUAAGACAAUAUGGUACUUGAAUCUUCUGGGAAAAUGUAUCUUUUCUUUUUCUCUUUUCA